AUGACCCAGUUUGGCUCGCCCGAUAUUCAAAACUCAGAUAAAGCAAUCUGGUACUUUGCUUAUGGAUCCAAUAUAAAGUCCUCUGUCAUGAAGGCUCGAGGAAUUACACCUCUCUGUUCCCAAGCCGUGGUCGUACCAUCGCAUAUACUGUGCUUUGACAUCUUCGGUAUUCCCUACGCAGAGCCGUCCUUUGCCAGCAUCGCACCAAUGCCGGAUACAACCGCAGGGUCUACAAACAGCAAAGUGCAUCAAACGUUGUUACCAGUUCAUGGCGUUGCAUACCUCCUCACACCAGACGACUACCGGCGUUUGGUGCUCACCGAAGGUGCCGGAGUCGGGUACAACGAGAUUACCGUUACAGCCGGGCCGGUGGCUGACCUCCACACCGAUAAGCGCGAAAUAUUGGUGCAUACGCUGGAGGCCAAGUAUCCCUGGCGACCCAAUAGAGCGCCAAGUGCCCGGUACAUGGGCUUGAUUCUCGAGGGCGCCGAGGAGUUCAAACUCCCCACAGCCUAUCGAGCUUACCUCGAGUCGUUGCCGAGAUUUGAACGGCCCCAGACACUGAGAGGUCGCUUCGGGGCGUGCUGGUUCCUCGCUUUCUGGCGCCGCGCCAUUAGAAUCCUGGCACGCCUGACAAAGAAUCAAGGACCUGAUGACUCCAACGAGAGGCAUACGUACCGGCUGAAAGCGCAGCGACUGCUGCAGCAGGUUCCGCUCAUUGACGGACACAAUGAUUUCCCAUGGAUGCUCCGAGGGCACUUUCUGAAUGAUCUGAGUAAGGGAGACUUGAACCACCUGACUAUUGGACAAACGGACAUAGCCCGGCUGCGGAGGGGAAUGGUAGGAGGCCAAUUUUGGAGUGCCUUUGUGCCAUGGUGGGUGUCAAUCAAAUUUGCCAGACUGCAAGAAGAUCCGCUAAUCCCAAAACAGCCUGAGAGCUUCCCCGAUGAGGCUCACUGGAAGAGGCUGCGUGACACCCUCCAGCAGAUCGAUGUGAUCCACCGUAUGCUGGAGGCGUACCCCCAUGUUUUCGGCCUGGCCGAGUCAGCUGCUGCUGUCUGGAGCAUUUUUCGCUCCGGGCGCAUUGCCAGUCUCAUUGGCAUUGAAGGUCUUCACCAAAUUACAGACUCCCCGAGUAUCUUGCGAACUUUUCACCGACUAGGAGUUCGUUAUGCCUCGUUAAGCCAUACCAGUAAUAACCCAUACUCGGACUCUGCAACAGACUCUGCUUUACAUCAUGGCUUGAGUGUAGAUGGAAAACGUAUGAUUGAGGAAAUGAAUCGCGUCGGGGUGUACGACCACAAGCUUUAUUUUUGGGAAGAUUUGAUGAUCAAUACUAAUGGAGUCUACAUCUAUAGAAUUGUGGAUUUGUCUCACACGAGCGAGGCAGCCCAGCACGAUGCGCUCGCAAUUUCCAGGGCGCCAGUGAUAUUCUCUCACUCAGCAUGCUACGCCCUUGUCCCACACAGAAGGAACGUCUCCGAUCGUGUGUUGCAGCUCCUGAAGAAGAAUCAGGGUGUCGUUAUGAUCUGCUGUCUGCGGGAGCUCGUCGACCGUGCAGGGGGUGCACAUGCUACUCGGAAGCAGGUCGUAGACCACGUCGUCUACGUCGGUGAAACAAUCGGAUUCGAUCAUGUGGGGAUAGGAUCCGAUUUUGACGGCAUGCUUGAAGGCCCCGAUGGCCUCGACGAUGUGUCCCACUUCCCUGCAUUGGUGGAAGAUCUCCUACGCCGUGGGGUGUCCGAGAGCGCGGUUCAAAAGGUUCUUGGCCUCAAUAUCCUGCGGGUCCUGAAGCAAGUGGAGGAUAUUGCUCUUCAGGAAAGGCUGUUUGGGUCUACGAAGGCACUUUGCGAUGACAUCGAUCCGGUAUGGACGCCGGAGCAGAGGGAGAUCCUUCGUGCGCAGGGCAAGAAACGCGGGCUAUGGCAGCCAGACGAGUACUAA